AUGCUCGUUGCCUCGCCGGGGCCCCCUGGCGGCAUCUCCUUCGUGGCCGCGGAUGGGAGAAGGGCCUUGAGCCCGGCACGCCACGCCACUUUGCCGGAGAAGCGAAGGACACGAGGUGAUCGUGUCGAGAUCGCCUUCGCCAGCGCCUCCAGCGGCAAGAGAGUGGACAUGAAUCGCGCUGCCAGCCCGGCGAUCAGAGGGACCUCAGCAGGCUUUAGUUGGACACCGGUGUCCAUCUCACCACGAAUGCCUGCUUUCGUCGCCGCUGCGUCUGUGCGAACAGCCUCGCCGACGCGGGUCAUCCAAGCACCGCCCAUGGGCGGCUUCCUUUGCUUGCUUGAUGCACCACCGGCUCGAGCAAUUUUGGCUCCUUGGGUCAUCUGCACCAUCUGCACUCCUCCCGAGCCUCUGGCUGUUCGAAUCAUGGCGCGAGCAGUGGCUGUGGCUAUGGCACUUAUGACCAUCUUCUCCGUCCUCGCUUUUGUCCCCACACCCGAGCCACAGGCCCGCCAGGCCCUGCGCAGCAGACCGGCAAGGGCAGCAGCACCAGCAUCGAAGCUCCGCAAACUCCAGGAGCUGCCUUCCCCCGCCUUGGGGCUCCUCUUCUCCUGUGCUUUCUGUGCCUUGUUGCUUGGGGCCGCCCAGGCUGGCGCAAGCUCAAGCUCAAGGGCGGGCCCGGCACAGGACUUCGUGACGGAUCCCCCGGUGCCCCGUGCGGUGCUUCAGGAAAAGCAGAUGACGAAGGUGAGGCUUUCGCAAGCCCCGAGUAGGAUGGAGAUCGCAGAGAAAGUCCGGCGACAGGAGUUGGAGUACAUGAAGUCCACAUAUAUCCCGGGUGGACCCAAGCCUGUCCGAAUUGUGGCCAUGUGA